AUGGAUCCAGUGGCGAACGCAGGUGCAAUUGCGAUGCAGCAUCGAGCCCCUCAGGCUUGCACAUCCUGCAGGAGGCUCAAGAGGAGGUGUGUCUUUAACCCGGCGUUGGGCAUCUGUAACCGGUGCUCCGAGACCGGUAGAUCAUGCGUCUACGCUGAGGUAACUUCGACCCCUGCGCAUGAUGAUUCCGUCGCUGUCGUCCAUCACAAUGUAUCCACUACGUCCAUGAAUGCUGCGGAUUCUGGUCACCUGGAUGCCUCGCUCGGUCAGGGCAAUCUUUUGUACCUGGACACGUAUGGUAACUUUGCAGUUACACCCGACUGGUUGAAUGGCUAUGGCUAUCCAAUGGAAGUGACAUGGUUGGCAUGGGUCCAGGGAAUGGAGACAUGA